AUGGAACCUGAGAACAAUCCUUCGAUCCAGAGGAGGGAGAGUGAGGACGUGUUUCCUGAGAACAUCGUCAGCCACAGAGUAGAGUCGGCAAGGCGGUCCGAGGCGUUUUCUCCCGCGUUCCUGUCGCCCAGGAUGUGGAACGAGGAGGACAUGUUGCUGCCUCCGUCCUCGGAGGUCCCGAAGAGGCCGGUUAUCAGAGACAGAGACUCCCAAGACAAGGGUUGCUUCGGGCUGUACACUUUCAUCAUGGUCUUGUUCUUGAUCCAAGGCAUCGCGGCCAUCCUUGGAGCAAACUACCAGCUUCCGCACGAGUUCGAGCUGUGCGAGGCGAGGCUCGCUCAGGAGAAGGUGGCUGUGGCACGGGACAUACCGGAAGCAGAGGUCAUUCAGCAUGCGCUUGAAGGGCGCCAUGAGAACUUUCAGACGGGAGGGAAAAGGCUUGCGAGGUUGAAGGUGGUGAAGAAGUCUCACGCCAACUGGGAUCCAUGGUCUCACAGGCUGCGCUCUGUCGCCGGGAAGCAGCUCGCUGAAGAGCCUGGCUCCUUCCAGGUGUCUCAUGGACAUGCGAGGAAGCUCUUGAGCAGCAACAUGCUUCCACAGAGUUUAAAGCAGUUGCUCAAAGACAUAAAACUGCAGGCUAGUACUGGACUUCCCUCUCACGCCCUGCGGAAUGGAACAAGUCUUGCACAAAGCAAUUCCACGAGUCAUGGUGAAUCAAAUUCGACAAAGAAGGAGAAGGAGCAAAAUUCAGAGGAAGGCGAUUUCCAAGACGAUCUGAGCCCCGAGCAAGUCUUGGAGAACGCUUACAAAAGAGUUCGGAACGCUUCCGGGAUAGUUGCCUUGCUUGCUUUCUCUUCCAUAGUCUUUGGUGCGAUCUGGGUGCUCCUGUUGGGAAGAUUCACAACCGCAUUUGUCUAUAUAACAUUGUCGGCGCUGCCGAUUGCGUUGUUUUGUUCUGCGAUAUCUCUUUUCUUGCUCGGGGUUCAUAUGGUGUGGCCUAUCACCCUACUUGUUGUGAUGACUCUCUCGCUGGCAAUCAUUUACCUGGUGAAGGAGCGAAUAGCUUUCACUGCUGCACUCCUGACGUGCGCUAGCAAGGCCCUCGUUGAGAACUACUCGGUGCUUGUCAUAUCUAUAUUUUUAUCUUUGAUUCAGGUGAUGUGGUUGGGAGCUUGCUUCCUCUUCAUCGCAUUGUCGUUCAUGUCGGGGGUUGCUGUGAGGGCCAAGCUUCCCAACGGUGAGCAGCGCUGUGAGUGGCAAACGGAUGGCUGGGCGUACGUUGGGAUGGGCUUCAUCUCUGUGGUCCUGCUAUGGACGAACUCGAUUCUCGAGGAGGUCAAACGUUACACAGUCUGCGGGGCCAUCGGUCUUUGGUACUUCGCUGAGAUGCCCAAGAGGCGAGGGAAUGAAAGCAGUAGAAUGCGAGACUCCUCAAGCACUUCCUUCGGCUCCAUCUGCUUCUCGGCCUUGGUGUCGUCCUUCUGCGAGACUCUCAAGCUUAUCUUCCAACCCCGAGGCCUGACCGAGAGCAGCUUGCCGGGAAAGCGCAAGUCGAGGAGCAGCAGCAGCGUGCAGGAGUCGGUCUGGUUCUGCCUCGAGGACGUGAUUGGCUUCGUCAACCGAUUCGCCGUCCCUCUCAUGGCAAUCUCUGGCUAUCCUUUCUGCCACUCUGCCAAGGUCACCAGUCUUCUCCUACACCGCAAUCACCUCGCUGCCCUGGUAGCAGACGUGUCUCCGGCCGUUAUCCUGAGGACCGGCGCUCUCGUGGUGGCGCUCUGCGCAGCUCUGACAGGGUGGCUGCUGUCCAACGCCUAUGUCGAGUGGGCGGUGCUGCAGCGGGGGCAGCUGAGGAUAGUGCAUCUCAUCGUUGCGAGGUUCGUGUUCGUUACCUCCUUCUGUAUCUCGUCGCUGGUGCUCAACUUCUUCGCCUCGGUGCUGCUCGACGCCAUGGACGCCAUGUUCCUCCUGUACGCCAUGGACCGCGACCACCGCACCAUGAUGCCUCGGGGAGAGGAGCUGCACAACCUGCUCUCGCAGCAGCAGAUCGGCAGGCCGAUCUCUGGGGUUCACUACACUCCGCGAGGAUGGACGUUUCUUCCUUCCCAGCCCAACACAAGCAGGCAGGAGAACUUCUCUGUGAUAAGGAGCAGCUCAAGCUCUAGGGGCUCUAGGAACAGCAGAGGAGAGGAAGAGGAGCCGUCUGCUCCAGCAGAGGGGCAGGAAGAGGGCACCCUUGUCUGA